AUGGCCAGUGCAGCUACUGUUCUUAAACCCAAUAUUGGUGUUUUCACCAAUCCUAGUCAUGGUUUGUAUAUUGCAGACUGUGAACCCAGCACUGACAAUCUUAAGCCUGGUCCCGGUGAGGUCGUCGUUCAAAUUAAGGCUACCGGUAUUUGCGGUUCAGACAUUCACUUUCAGAAGGAAGGUAGAAUAGGCAAGACAAUGGUAGUAAGAGAGGAGCAUAUUCUAGGACAUGAAUCCUCUGGAGUGAUUAUUAAAGUACAUCCUUCGGUUGAAGACCAAUUUACAGUCGGUGAUAGAGUUGCGGUUGAGCCAGGUGUGCCAUGUCAGAAUUGUGAUUUAUGCUUGAGUGGCAAGUACAAUGGCUGUCCGGAUGUGCAGUUCAAGUCUACUCCACCCGUACCGGGAUUAUUGAGAAGGUAUUUACUGCACCCUGCAAGGUAUUGUCAUAAAAUAGGAGACAUGUCAUUUGAAAAUGGUGCUCUUCUUGAACCAAUUAGUGUCGGUAUCGCAGGAAUUGAACAAUCUGGGGUCAAGCUAGCUGAUCCUGUUGUGAUUUGUGGUGCCGGGCCCAUUGGCGUGGUGUCAGCUGCUCUUGCCAGAGCCGCUGGGGCUGCUCCUCUAGUCAUCACUGAUAUUGACCAGGGAAGAUUAGAUUUUGCAAAAAAGCUUGUUCCAGGAGUUCGUACAGUACUCGUAAAGCGAGGCAUUGAGCCUUCCGUGGUUGCCGAAGACAUCAUUGCAGCAGCUGGAGGUAUCAAACCUCGAGUGUGUAUAGAAUGUACAGGCGUUGAAUCCAGUAUUGCCGCUGGAAUAUACUCUCUUCAAUUUGGAGGCCUGAUCCAUAUUAUCGGAGUGGGCCAUGAGUUCCAGAAUAUGCCGUUCAUGCAUUUGUCAGUUAACGAAAUCACCGUUAAGUUGCAAUAUAGAUAUGCCAACACUUGGCCCAAGGCCAUUAGGUUGGUUAACGAUGGACUCCUCAACCUGAACCCCCUAAUAACACAUAGAUUUGCUUUAGAGGAAAGUGUCAAAGCAUUUGAGACAUCAGCUGAUAUCUCCAGCGGCGCUGUUAAGGUGAUGAUUUUUGAUGAAUAG